AUGGAAAGUAAAAACAUUCGCUCAAAUAAAGAACAAUUUCUUACAAGCAAUGAUGAUAAUAGCAAUGAUAAUGAAACAGAUAACUCGAUGGACACAUUCAUAGUCGAUGAUCUUAGUGAAGAAUCAAAUAUCAUUCGUAAAUUUGAUGAUUUGCAUGUGAAGAACAAAAAUAGUAAUGAUACAUCAGAUGAGGAAGAAUCUAGUGAUUUUUAUGAAGUUGAACGAAUUGAAAAGCAUAGAAAAAAUAAAUUAGGCAAGUUGCAGUUUCUUAUCAAAUGGGCAGGGUGGAGUACAAAGUACAAUAGUUGGGUUGAUGCGUCUGAUAUGCAUGCUACGGAAUUGAUUAAAAAAUAUUGGGAUUAUAAAAACAGUAGAUCAAAUUCACCAAGGACAAAACGGCAAUUGAAAAAGCGAACGAGAUCUAUAGCAGUUUCAUCAACAAAAAAAAAGUCCAAUUCUUCUAGAAUUCGCAAAAAUAUGAAUACAAGUUCUGAGGAUAAUAAUUUCAAAAUUAAAUCGGGUACAAGAAUUCAAAAGUUAUUGGGAAAAAAAGAGAAAAACCUGAUGACGUCAUUUUAUUUAGAAAGUAGUAGCUCUGAUGAUGAAAUUCAAUAUGCACCUGAAUUUAAACCAAACUCUCCGACUCAAGAAGAGAAUACAAGAGUUAUUAGUUUCUAUGAAAAUUCUGGUUCAGUUCAUUUAGAGGAUAGAUUUUAUUCAUUAGAUUGGGAACAGGACGUUGACCGUAUUGGAUGGAUCGAAAAGACUGAAGAAAACAACCUUGUUUUUCUAUUUUGGUGA